AAACAUGUGACUGAUAUUAAAAGAAAAAAAAAACAUUAAUAAACAUGUGAUUAACAAUGAGAUCCAUAAAUCUCUCGGUUAAUUAUCUACUAAUCAUCACGUUUUUUAAAGUUUACACCUGGAUUUCAGCAAUAUAGUGGCGUAUAUCUCUUAACUGUGUUAGCCUCAGAAAAAAAAAAAAAUUCUAACUAAACCUAAUUAAUUACAUAAAGAUAAAUAAAUAAUCUCACGUGGCCUAAUACAUCCACUUAGAAUACGCGCCAGAAUACACGUGGGACAAGAGAAGAACGUUAUAAAAGCCACUCCUCCUUCACACUUCAACAUCUCUCACGCAACACACUAACACGAAUGUCAUUUUGUUUUAAUUACUUUCAAUAAUUUUUUUGGUUAUGAUUCAUUUGUUUGUUUAAACAAAAACAUUACUUCUUCAAAUUUAUUAUUUAAUAAUAUUAAAUGAACUCAACAUUCAACGACCAGCACCAUCUGAAGAGAGAGCCUAAUGACAACUCCAGCGUCGGAAUCAUAUAUCCUCCGUCACCUUCUCCCUUGCUAAAACUAAACAAAGACUCCCACGUCAUCAAAAAGCCACCCUCACCGUCGUCUUCCUCCUCUACCGCCGCGAAGCCUCGCCAGCCGGUGAUCAUCUACACGAACACGCCCAAAGUUAUACACACCAAUCCUAAAGAUUUCAUGGCUCUUGUCCAGAAACUCACCGGAAUGUCCCACUCCGAGGAAGAUUCCGGCGGUAGCAGCAGCGCGAUAACAGAUCGUGGAGGUAAAUCAAUCAACCGGAGUGUCUCUGAUCUCACCGUCGACAGAAAAGUUAACCGGACUCGCUGCGGUGGUGGUGGUGGACAUAACAGCUACAACAGAAGCUAUUCCGGUCCCGGAGGAGCUAACGGGAAAGGGAUUUUCUUCAGCAAUACGACGAUUUGCGAAGAUAGUGAAUCGUCCUCUGUGAUCACAACCGAUGAGAACAUGGGAGGAGGAGGAGGAGAACAUGGACAUGUCAACUCGUCGCUACCGUAUUCAGCGGUGGCUGUUUCUCCAUUUCCUCAUCCUCCGCCACCACCUCCACCUCCUCCUCAGUCCAUGUACGAUGCGACCAAUGGGAUUAACUACAGCUCUUACUUCUCGACGCUCUUGCCGGUGAAUCCAGCCGAUAAUUUUCUUUGCGGGAAUCAAAACUUUGCUAAUUUUGAUGAUCCGCUUUACUUCAUGCCGAAUAUGAGGAGCUCCUUCUCUUCUUCUUCCUCUUCUGGAUUUGAUGGCUUAACUGAGUUUAGAGAUUUUUGACAUUGUUUUCAUCAAAAACAAAAAAAAACAUUUUUGAUUAUCUUUUUUUAUUUUUUUUCCUAUCCAGGAAAAUAAAUUUUGUUUUUUUUUUUUAUUAUUUUAUCGGAGGUUUUGAGAAUGAACUAAUAAAUUUUGGCAUUAGUUAUGAUCCCUUUACGUUUAUUUUAUAGUCGAAAUAAUGCUUUAUGUGAUCAUAUGUUGUUUUUAGGUCAUUUUAAAAUCACCCAAUUUGGGGAUUUCUUAAAGGGUUUUUCACCAAUAAAACAAAUAAAAAAUGUUAAAAAAAGAAAGAAAAUGAAUGUAGAAAAGUGAGAUGAAUACUUCAAAUAUUUUUUUGAAAAAUCCAUUAUACAUGUGAUGCCAUUUUAGAUAUAUAUUAAGUUACAAUAACUUAGUAUAAAAGAGUAGCUAGCCUAACAAGAAACCUAAUAUCCUCUCGACCUCGUCUCUUUCAACUUUUAGCCGCCGGAGUAGCUUCUCUUCUGGCCGGCUCGUGACGGCUCCGUUAGCGUCACUGUCGGCCCAGUUUGAAUGUUUUCUUCUUCUAUUAUAGUUUGUGUGGUUAGAGCUUCGGAUCUGAACAAACGAAAGGUUCCGGGUUGAAGUGUUCGUGAACCGCCGUUCUGGUGGUUCUGAACCUACUGGUUGGAGUUCGUCGUUGAUUUGUCACGGUGGAUUCUGAUGGGUUUAAGCCUUUUGUCCUUUUGUGUUCUGUUCUUGUGUUGGUCCUCUUGUUUGCGCUUGAAUCCGAUUAGCCUUGCUUAGAGUGUAGAGGAUUACUUAGUUGGUUUGUGAUUCAGCGACGGUGACGCAGCGGCGCAGUGGUGUAGGAUGAGCAGUUGGUUGGUAUCGUUGUCGAGAAGAAGCUGGUUUCAGGGCACCUCUCCCAGUUGCUAAGGGUCCUUCUCUAAUCCCUUGAAUAAGUUUGUUUUCCUGGUCUGUCUUUGGUCUUGGUUUAUCCUCGGUGGCUUCUAGGUGAAGCAGUAUAAAGAGGUUAAGGCUUUGAAGCGUCCAGAUGAAGGGUGUGUUGAGUAGGGGGUUUAAUUUGUAUUGGGUGUUGUUUAUUUGUGGGUGUUGUUUUGGUUUCGCAAAGUGGUUGUGUGUAGUCAUUGUGAACGAGUGGUUCAGAUGAAGGUGCUGCUAUUCUUCAUGAAAUCCUCUGCGGUGCGUGCUCUCUUACUCUGUUCGUAGUGAGAAGACCGGUUAAUCAUAGUCAAUUAAGUUCGUUUUCUAUUAUCUCUUAUUAGCCUGUUCUUUUGGAUUCUCUUAGUUAGCUGCAAGAUGUAGUUAUGGUUUAUUUGUGAUGUUUAGAUGCUCGUGUCCUAUUGUUGACCUUUAGUUUCCCACCGUUGGGGUUUGGGUUCCGGAGAUCGGUAUAUGUUCUACCGGCUUUAGUGUUUCACCA